AUGAGCGAAAAGGCUCGCUUGAAAUGUACCAUCUAUGUGGGGGGUCUUGAUCAGGCCGUGACGAUGCAGACGCUGGCGGAAGCAUUCGUCCCUUUCGGCGAGGUCGUGGAUAUCACCUUGCCUAAACCCGACCUUCCCAAUUCGAACGAGACCCAUCGCGGCUUCGGGUAUGUGGAGUUCGAUCUGCCCGAGGAUGCGAAAGAGGCCAUCGACAACAUGGAUGGCAGCGAGCUCUACGGACGCACAAUCAAGGUUGCCGCCGCCAAGCCCCAAAGGGAAAGCAACGAAGGACUGGGAAGCAAAACCGCUAUUUGGGAACAGGAGGGCUACUUGGCCAAGUACGCAGUCAGCGAGGAAGACAGAUUGGCCACAGAGCAGGGCCAGGCAGGCGCUAAUGAAGAGACUCAGGACCCGAUGCAGGGACUGGUGGAAAUGGACGUUGCCGGCCCGAAGCCUGAAUGA